AUGGCAGUUGAUCGACUGUACUACCUCGCUCUGAUCGUCGUCGUCGUCAUAUCGUCGUCAAACGCCUUCGACGUUAGAUCCAACUCAACUCAUUUUGGUGUUUCUCUAAAUGGAGUUGAACUCAUACGCCAUUCUCCAGAGGACACAUUCCUUUAUGUUGGGUCUGGACUACCAACAUUUGAAGGCCAAUUUGGCAAUUAUGAUGUCGAUGAUUACAUUGAAGAACGUAUCGCUCUAGUCGACUUCGUUGCUGAUGGUUUAAACGUUUUCACGUUUAGUCGACAAAAUAUGUUACAGGUUCAAAUCCGCUUGGUGAGUGAUGCUUCUGAAUCCCCAUACGUUGAGUUCACAAGUAUAGCUGAAGGCAUCAAUCGAAUCUGGUUACGUCUGGUAGCAGAGAAAGAUGAACAUGUAUUUGGUGGAGGCUCCCAGUUCUCUCAUUUCAAUAUGAGAGGGUAUAAAUUCCCAAUCUGGAUUCAAGAACAAGGAGUUGGACGAGACAAGAACUACGAGAUCACAUUCAAAGCCGAUCAGAGGGACGGUGGAGGUGGUGACUACUAUACAACCUAUUGGGCUCAACCAACCUUUGUUUCCUCUCGUCUCUACUAUGCUCACUUUGACAUCACCACCUACUCUGAACUGGACUUUCGAGCCGAUCACUUCCAUGAGAUCCACAUCUGGGGAAAUACUCUCAGCAAGUUCCAUUUCUUCACUGGAAGUAAUUACACCGAUCUUCUCGGGGAGUUAACUGGGUACCUUGGAAGACAACCGAUGCCUCCUGAAUGGAUCUAUAAUGGCACUAUCUUAGGAGUCCAAGGGGGUACUGAUAUCAUGCUUCAAUACAUAGACAUGGCUGAAGAACAUGGAAUCAAAGUGAGUGGAGUCUGGAUCCAGGAUUGGGUUGGCCGUAUCACCACGUCUUUUGGAAGACGUCUGUUCUGGAACUGGGAGUGGAACCCUGAGCAGUACCCCAACCUUGACACAGUGAUACCGCAACUCAAACAGCGAGGUAUCAGGGUGCUUGUCUAUGCCAAUCCAAACCUCAACAGAUUAGGGAGUUUGUAUGAGGAAGCAGCAGCAGGAGACUACCUCAUCAAGAACAUUUCUGGGGAUCCAUACAUAGUUGACUAUGGUGAGUUCUUCUGCGGAAUCGUGGACUUCACAAACCCUGCGGCUGCUCAGUGGUACAAGGACCGUAUCAUUAAAAAAAAUAUGCUGGACCUGGGUGUCAGUGGUUGGAUGGCUGAUUUUGGAGAGUACCUCCCUAUAGAUGCGGUGUUUCAUAGUGGAGCUAAGGGUACAGAUAUCCAUAAUCAAUGGCCUGCCAUCUGGGCUCAGGUGAACAGAGAAGGGGUGGAGGAGGGUGGCAAGAUGGGUGAUAUCCUAUUUUGGAUGCGUGCCGGCUAUACAGGAUCCCAGAGGUACAGUGUCAUGACGUGGGCUGGUGAUCAGUUUGUUGACUAUGGCCUUGCUGAUGGCAUAGCAUCCGUGAUCCCCGGUACCCUAUCUUUGGGUAUGUCAGGGUACGGAAUGAACCAUUUCGACAUUGGAGGGUACACAUCUCUCUUUGGAGUCACCAGGACUGAGGAACUCUUUCUCCGUUAUGCCGAGAUGGCGGCCUUUACUACCAUGAUGCGCACUCAUGAGGGUAACAGACCUGAUGAGAACUGGCAGUUCUACUCAAGCUCACACACCAUGUACGAGUUCGCCCGCCAUACCAAGAUAUACGUGGCCCUCAAUGACUACGUCAACACCACCCUGCGUGAGAACCAUGAACACGGCAUUCCCGUUCAACGUCCACUCUUCCUGCAUUAUGAGGACGACGAGCGCACCUAUGACAUCCAAUACCAGUAUAUGUUCGGACCGGAUCUUCUGGUCGCUCCAGUGAUAGAGCAGGGUCAAGAAAACUGGGAUGUUUAUCUUCCUGUAGAUGACUGGAUAUUCCUUUGGGAUGAAGACAUCACCUCAGAUGGUGGAGAGACCAUAACAGUUCCUUCUCCAAUGGGUUACAUACCAGUCUUCUUUAGGUCCCAAUCUCCAUGGGCUGACACUUUUAGACAGCUGAGAGAUAUCGAGGCAGUAACGGUAACUCCGACCGAACAGAUGACGACUGCUGGAUGUCCCACUAUAAUGGCAUCAUAUUUACUUCUCGCUUUGUGUUGGACCCUAAUGACAUUAUUGUGGUAGCUAUCCACAUUUCUUUGUCAAGAAAGUCUACCCUACGCAAGACUAUAAAUAUGCUUUUUUGUAGAAUCAUCUGCUCAGCGAUCACCUGGCAUAAUGAUGAUAAUGUGCACAAAUUGAGCACACACUGUCCAUGAAUGCUCAUGGCACUAGAAUCCAGAUUCAACCCGUUACUCCCAACAUGACUUGUAAAAAAUUGACUCUUGUAAUCUAAAAGUUAACAUAGUAUGUAACACUAUAAUCAGUAGCUUUCAAAUACUGAUCAUUAUAUAGGCUAUAUUCAGUAGCUGUAGUUGGAUAGAAGAUCUGAACAAAACUAGCAUGUUGGUGCCAUGGUGAUGACAAAUUUGAUAGCCCAUACUUUUUUUUUCAAUGGACAUCAAACCCUCAUCUCUGGUAAGUCAUUCCUUGCAAUCAUAAAAGAUUAUGUGUUUUCACAGAGUCAACACAUGCAGGAGAAGCAAAACUAUUCAUUAAAAUUUACAUAUAAUGACCGAUCUUGGUUCCUGAAAUACGUCUUGCUUGAAAGUAGAGAACAUCUCUUCACAUGUACUUCAAGGAAAUGAAGAAAUCUGUGUUAAAGAUCAACACAUUCAUAAUCAUUGUAUAAGUUUGGUACAUAUUCUUCAAAUAAAUCUUUGUAAUAAAACCUUAUGACAUGAGAUGUUGGGUUGGUUCUGUCAUAAUAAAAACUCUAAACAAUGUUUUAAGUGUUUCCCUGCAAUAAUCAAGACAUGAGACCCCAUUGAGAAUGUGGUUCUGAAAACCAGUUCAGGAGAUGGUGAUGAGAACUUUAAUAAAGCAAUUUUCUAAGCUGGUUUUGCAAAGUGGUUUAAAGGGAUGGGUCUAGGCUGGAGAUAUUUAUAUCUCAAUUAAUGGAGUAAAAUUAACAAAGCAAAAUGCUGAAAAUUAGAUCAAAAUCGGAUAACAAAUAAAAAAAGUUAUUGAAAUUUAAUGAUUUGCAUUAUUUGGUGAAACAGUUCUAGGCAUGUCUUUAUGAAUAUUCAUUAGGUGGGCUGAUGUCAUAUCCCUACUUGUUCUUUUGUAUUUUAUUAUAUGAAAUUAGGUUUAUCCAAAAAAUUUCUACCAAAAACAAUUGGAUUGACAACUGAUUAAGAGCAUUAUUUAUUGCUGCAACUUAUUUCAUCAUAAUGGAGACACAUCAUCUAAAUGAAACAUUUAUGAUUUCAUGUAAUAACAUAAGAAAAAGGAAAGUGGGGAUGUGACAUCAUCAGCCCACCUCAUGAAUAUUUAUGACGAUGUGCAUAUAACUGUUUUCACAAAAUAUUGAUAACAUUUAGAAUUCAAUAACUUUGUUAUCCAAUUUUGAUGAAAUUUCCAGCAUUUUGCUCUGUGAAUUUUACUCUAUUUAUUUUUAUAUAAACAUUUUCAGCCCGGGUCCCGUAAAGUUACAAUUUAUUGUACGCUUGAUUUUCACGAUUGAUUUGUACAUUGUAGUCAAUGCAAUCAAUAGUUUAAAAAUGUCCUACGUUCAUUGCUAAGCUUUGUGUUACUGCCCCAGUUUAGCAAAGAUGGGGGGGGGGGGGGUGGUAAAGAAGGCUUUGAUUAGAUACUGUACAUCUAUUGUACUCCCUGUCAACUUUAUUGCAGUUUCUGUGAACUUUGAUCCAUCAUGGUGCAAGGGGCAAAUAUAUGCAUUAUUAAGAUUUCAUCAUAAAACCGGUAUUUAUAACAUUUUUAUAACUACUUUGCUUGUUCUAUCAUAAAUACACGUAUCAUCAACUACAAAAUAAACAUUGGUAUUCUUCGUUUGUAAAUAAUUACCUCCAGUGGAUAAUGGUGACAAUGGAAUGUGUGAUAUGUUUCUAAUGAAGCCUCUAUUCUAGUGUUAUAUUAAUUAUGAGAUUUGAAAAAAGUUAUUGGACUCAUCAAUAAAGGAAGUGUCAAAGCAACUGAUCUGUUAAUAUUGUUAAUGUGUAACUUAGGGCAAGUAUAUUUGACAGGAAGGGAAGCAUGAAAUAUUUUGAAAUAUGAAUAAACUGUAUGUUCUAUAUGCCCGUUUUUUUCCUC